UUCCGGAUAGGGACGUACGUCCGCUGCAUUUCACAAAGUAUAUACAUUUGGCAAAAAUGUCUACGUUCUGAAGCUUUGGAAAUGAUGGCAAUCAUCAAAGACGUUGGUUACCUGUUAAAUAAGGGAACAAGAUUGAAUCCAUUGGUGUUGAGAACAUGCUACAAUUAUCCUGCAAGCAAGGAAACAGUGGCGGGGAUCUGGACAAAGAGGAUUGACCCAAACCUCGAACUGAGAGCUCCGAGACAAAAUGGAACCGUGCAACACGCGAGGCCGCUGUUGCUAUUGUUUGGAUGGAUGCUUGCCAAGCGGAAACAUAUGCAAAAGUACGAGGAGUACUAUCUAAACAGGGGCUACAACGUGAUGACUGUCAUGGGUUCUCCAUUGGACAUUCUCAAACCAACAAGGGCUCAGACUAUCGCCAGCAAGAUCCUAGAGCACAUAGAUGCCAGAACUCGUGAGGUUGGUAAACAGCCAAUCCUUCUUCACGGAUUUUCAGUGGGAGGGUAUUUGAUCGCUGAGUUCCAUGUAAAAUUGAAUACUGAGGAGACAAUAGCACGUGACUUACUUAUAGCGCAGGUGUUUGAUAGCCCAGUCGAUUUCGACGGUAUUCCAAUAGGGUUUUCGACUGCUCUGACCAACAAUCCAGCCCUUCGGUUUUUUAUUAGAAACUCACUAAAUUUGUACAUGGCAACUAAUAAGACGAGUGUUUCUAAAUUUCUUAAAGCCUCUGAAGCUUUCAAAUUGAACAAAUAUCACGUGCCCUCAUUGUUUCUAUACUCCAAAGCAGACCUUGUGGUAAGCUCUGAUACAGUUGAUGGAUUUGUAAAAGGUUACCAACAGAGGAAGGUUCCCGUCCAGAGCAAGUGUUGGCAGGACUCGCGGCACGUGAGCCACUAUUACUCUUACCCCGAGGAGUACAUUGGCGUACUUACGGUAUUCCUAGAUACGUACGCAACCCGUCCUACCCCCAGAAGUUAGGACAGGAUGUGUGUGAAUAUAUACCACAUGUUUAUAUGUACAUUCUAACAGACACUGUGAAAGUCUUAUAUUGAUACCAUAGAAAUUGUACAUGCACUAAGAAACAAUGUUGUAAUGUGGUUACACGUAUAAAACUUGAGCGAUGUGUGA